AUGGUUUUGGUGCAGUCGGUUUUUGGCAUCCAGGUACAGCCCCAAAUCUCUUGCGGAUUGGUUGGCUCCUUGCAUCAUGUCAGAUGCCCUGAACCCGUUUUACCUGUUCACUACCAACAAGACGAGAAGAUGGUGAACUUACGGCCUUCUUCCUCCAAAGGCACCUUCAAGAAUUUUGGCAUUACACACCUCCUCGAUGAUCCUGUCUUUGGUGAACAGGCCUGUGCAGCCUAUCUCUGUGCCAAAUUUGUGCCACUUUUAAAUCAGAAUGCACCAAUUUUAUCCGACUCCAGAAGGAAUAAUGCCCUAAAGUUCUUGAAAUCAAUCGAGAAAUCCACCUCAGAAGCUCUUUCUUCGGGCUGUCACUCUAGACCACUACACAAUGCAUUGCUAGGGUUCGUGAACACUGUCAAAGAUCUGGCUGAAGAUGUGUCGGAGAUUGAUGAGCUUUUUUCACAAAAGAAGCUACGACGACAACGUCUUAAAAAACAGCUUCCUUUGACUCCACCUCUGUGGUCCACGUUUGAAAUUCCUUUCAAUGAAGAUCAGAUCAAAGCUAUUUCAAAAUAUCUUGGUUUUGAUGGCAAGGCAAGCAUAGGAAUGCAACAGGAACUCUCCCAAUUUUCUUAUCUUUCUUGUGCAGUCGACCCCUUUCUUAUUGCUCUGUCGGCGAGGCGAGUAAAUUCACAUUUUCUCGGUAGUGGCUGCCUUCGUGUGAUUGGAGACAUAAACCCUCUGAUGCUAUGGGCUCCGCCCUUUUCACCCAACUCUCCAGCUACACCUACUCCAAAGAUAUUCCUUGCCUCCUUUUCUGACACCACAUCUUUUCCCCUAUCAAUGAAUCAAUGUGCGUCUUUCCGAUUGCCAGAUAAAUAUGUAGGGUCCUCCAUCUGUGAGAUUGAUGCAGUUCCAUUAGGUGAUUCGUCUCUCUACUUAAUCGCCCGGAACACAAACAGUCAGAUAUUUGCGAGUAAGACGACACUCGGGCUUUCGGAAUUGGAGACUUUGAGAGUUACCAAGUGUGAAAACAUUGCCUUUGACUCAAGCACUGAUUAUUACAAGCCUUUUUCUUUGGCCAUAUGCCCUUGGCCCAUACACUCAGACAGAUCAAGCUUGAACUCACUCAUAUGGGCCCUUGGUGGCCGCGCCUAUGAUCCCGUAGCCUUCCCGAAUGCACAUUUGGCGGUCGUGGAACUCUUUGAUGCCAAGUUAAAUCAACGCCUAUGGUGUGGUCGAAUCCCACUGAGCGCUGAAGGUGAAUGCAUAGCCCAUGUGUUAGACAACUCAGUAAAAGCCUCAAGUCUGGACUUUGUAGACAAGUAUUACGCGAAGUUUGAGGUAGCAAAGCGGACAUACUCCAACUCCUUCCUCUACCGGAGUCUCCUUGACUACUGUCAGCAAGUUCAAGAGAAGCAGGAGGGAGGUUUUGUGUCACCAGAACAGCUGCUGCAUCGUGCAGAACUUGACUUUAAACUGAGCCAUGCUUCCAUGUGGGUACGUGUGGGCUUUGCAGACUUUCCAGGUCUACUGUGCCUCACAACACCAAAACGACUUCUUUGUCUUGACACCCGCAUCUCGGGCGCGCGUGCGGCUCAGGAAUUGUUCAAUAUGACCACAGAAAUGGCCAAUUUGGACAAGGGUCGAUUGUUCAAUCCUUACGAGAGCAUUUUCCACGCACAACCCCAUUGGUAUGAGGAUACCUUCGCUUUUCUUGCAACUGACUAUAGCGGCUUAAUUCUGGACAAACGCAUGCCUGGGCAUCCGGUCCUACACUGGUCCCAUGCCCUAAGAGGUCCUUUGGCUUACGCUCAAAUCUGCGAUAUCGAAGACCAACCUGAUGAUUUUCCUGCGCAGGCUGCACUCGUGAUGGCCUCGCAGUUCCCUGGAGAACUCUCUGUUAUGGGGAUCAAUUUUAACAGAGAUGUUCCCAUUCCACCAAUUGCAGUUGGGCCCUGCAUGACAAACGGUAUUCUCACUGAAAUUUUGGACUGUCCUCUCAACAACCUUCCUAGCGGCAUAUUAGAUCCCCGUUUUUGUAGUGAACGGUUCACUACGAGCUUGGUGGGUCUGACUGCCUGCGUACUUCGAGAAAAAGGCGGUAUCAAGUCAGUCGGGGUUCGUGGUCUCAUGUUGACUUCCCGUGGUGACAUAUUCUGCGAGAAUUGGUGCUUCUCCGAACAGAGGGCUGAAGAAUUGCAUCGAAGUCAUGCAGAUGAAGUACGCUCGUGGUGUCUGGGUUUCAACAGUUUUAACGACUCAAGAUCAUCUCCAUUUAGAGUAUCUUGUGUUAUCAAUGAACUAUUAAAUGACGAGGUCAGAAUUGACCAAAAGUCGAUGGAGACGACGUCAGAGCCUUUCAUGAUUGAAGACAUUGUUUCUGAAUCUAAGCGGGAAUUCACAGAUGCAACAUAUCCCAAAGAGCUCUAUUCUGACUUAUGUCAACUUCUCACGAGUGGAUUUGUGUCGCCUUCGCUGUCUCAAAAUCGCAGAGAUGAGGAAACGAAGUACGACUUAUUCCUGGACCAAGUUGUCGAAGAAGCUAAGAAGCUAAAGAAGUAG